AACCAAAAACGCAAAACGUCACAUUUUUCACUUUUCGCGUCAUUUUAAUAAAGUAGCAAAAUAAAUCAGCAAAUACAUAAAUAAUUAAUUUCUUCAACAUUGGUUGCAUAGAACUUAACCUGCUAAAUUGCCAUAUAAUUAAUGAGUUAUUGCUCAACAUGGCAUAUACUGAAAAAGUGUCACUGAGCGGCACCGCAUUAUCCUUUUUGUUAUACGAAUGUGUAAAUUCAGUAAAUUGCCAGGAGGGAUUUCUGAUUGGGGACGUGACUUCUGAAAUAACUAAUCACAUAUCUGACUCACAAAGCGAUAACGCCCGGUUAGACACUCAAAUAGUCAUAAGAACUGUUCUACCUCUACCCUCCGUGUCUUUGUUUUACCUACCAACCGGUAAGAUAAAGGAGGAUGAACUAACAAACUUACUUUCAAAUACUGCAAAUGAAAUUGUUGGUUGGUACAAAUACCGAAAGAAUAGUUCGGUUAAGCCUACGUUUAGAGAUAGAUUAAUAUCCAAAGGACUGCAGAAGUAUUUUGAAAAGCAUCAUGGAAGAAAAAACUUUGCCACCUGCAUAUUAUCUAGCAAAACUUCAUCUUCUGCAUCUACACACACAUUUACGUACAGAUUUGGUAAAAUCAAUUGCUUUGACGUUUAUGAAUACAUUGAGGAUGUGACAGCAAAUCUGGGGGAGAAGUUGACGGGCUACAAGAAGCCCCACAGGUUAUCACCGCAUAGCAUUUUCAACAAAAUUGUGAAGGACAGCAAUGUGCAGAGUAACAACACAACGGAAGCAAUUCUGAGGAUACAGGAGGCAGUAGACGUCCGGCUUCUUAAGGAAGCUCGUAUAGCAGCAAAGAAUGAAUGCACAGUCAGAGAGCUAGAAGCUGAAAUUAAACAAAUGAAUGCUAUUCUGUCUGACAAGCAAUGUGAAGACUUGCAAGUGAGCUAUAAUAAAAGUUUAGAGGAGAAGUUCAUGAACAGAGAAGCAGAGAUGGCUGAAGCAUGCGUGCAAGCACUGGCUACACCUUCACAAGUGGACAUUUUGAGUGUCCCAAAUGUUCUGCUCCAUAGUAACAACCUGAUUGAGCGUGACAACUCUCCUCCAUCUAAGAAUGAGGCUGAGAGAAGUUCCAGCCCUAUACUUAAAUCAAGUUCAGUGAAACAGCCCAAGUUAAGUUAUGCGGCUGCUUCUAAGACAAGCACACAGCCAUCAACAAGUAAAUCAAACAACCACAUUGAAGAUCUCAUAAGUUUUGAUGUGGAUGAUAACAAAGUAAACAACACGCACACCAUCAUCAUCAAUGAUGAUAUGAAACAUUUAGGUGACAGUUCCCCCGAGUGGUAGAUGGUCAGUACCAGUGCCUUAACUUAUACUAUAGUGUUAAGUUACCCUACUUUAAUCAUACACUUUAUUCUAUAGGUGAACCAAAAACUGACAUUUGCCUUUUUACAUCUUUUAUUUUCAUGUUAAAUUUAAAGGUCCAAAGAAUUGUAGUGUUUGUACCCUUUACGCCAUGUUUUGCAUUGUGCAGGGCACACCCUUAGCUUGGAAACGCAUGGACUGUGGGUAGCAUUCCCUGCUGCAUUUUUCUUUCAUGUAACAUUUAUUUCAGUUCUUAAUAAUUUAAGUUAAAAUAUUUUAUUUGAAAAUAAUUUAAUUUGUACCCUCUAGUAGCAUUCCCUUUGAUUGGUCAUAGAGAAUCAAACUUUGUGAUCAGUUGAAAUGUUAAGUAUCAGAUAAAAUAAUAAGGACGCUAAACACGACGAAUUUGUCUUUAUCGCACGCGCAUAAUUAUAUGGCUGUCCCGCUCGCAGUGGCAUUGACCGCCGUCAACGUCGGCGGGACAGGAAUAUAAUUAUUCGCCUAUUGCGCGUGCGCCUACUACAGCCGACAGCUUCGCCAAUGCAAUAGGGACUUACGCGGGACUCCGUAGAGUUCAAUUUCGCUUAAAUAAUCGCGAUCGCCUGGCGUCCGGGGCACGGCAUAUUCCUUCGUCGUCUAUCAAUUCUCUUAGUGUCAGUAUUUGGGACACCCAGUAUAAAUGAACUAUCUUCAUAAAGUUCUCUUAGUUAUUUGAAAUACAUAUUACUUGUUCCAUUGUUUCAAGAUUUGUUAAUUCUGUUCGUAAAUACAAAACAAAUCUUCUCAUUAUUUUGUAUGUUACAUUGAUGUUGAAAGUUGUUACUUAGAAUCUAAUGAUCGUUUUUACAUAUUUCGUGUACAUAUCUUAAUUAUUGCUGUUAUGGCCGUUAAAAUAUAUCUGCUUUAUAACAUUUAAUGUGCUCGCAAACUCAUACUCACUAAGUAUUUAGACUUGCUUUCUUCUUUGAACUACAAUAAUUAUAUUCAAUAAGAAAUUUUAUUUUGAAGGAAAGGCCAGUUUGCAAAACGAGCUGUAGGGCAAUAAAGAUAAAACGAGAAAUCGGCAUCGCAUCGCUAGAGACCGCAAGUGCGAGGGAGAUGUCCAGCUUUAUGAUGAGUUUAUGACUGCAUCUGCACGCACGUUGAUUUUGGUCCUACAAUAGUUGUGUGAUGUGAUUGAUGUUCGCCACUUAUGGUACUGAGCCAGUCUCAUCCAGAAUGUUAAUUUAGAAUAUAUUUUUGUUUGGGAACUUUGCGCUCUAAAAAAGCAAUUUACUAAGGGAAACUUAUUUUAUGAUUGUGGAUGUGUCAGUUCAAAUGACUUAUCUUAUACUGAUACCACGUGUUGAGCAUACUGUAUUUUCACUAUAUCACACUACUAUUCAUAUACCUAUUAAGAAUACAAGAUUAUUCAAUGAAUAUUUAAGUUUAAGUUUGUUUACUUAAUUUGAUUACCAUUAGCUAUUAUACCACUAGUAUUUAAUUCUCGAUAUAUAGUUGAACAUGUACAAGAUAUUUUUGUAAUUAUUUGUUUAUAAAACUAAACCAAUGUUUUAUUUCAACUAUUGUUAAUUUUCUCUUCGCUCAAUUAAAAUGAAACAAUAAAUUAAUAUGAA